AUCCGGAUAGGGCCAUGCAGUUCACUAUCGCAUCAUCGCACCAUCGAGGUUUGAGUCGAUAGUGCGAUGACGCGAUAAUGCGAUGACGAUGAAGCGAUGGUGCGAUAACGAUGAAGCGAUGGUGCGAUGGCGCGAUGACGAUGAUGCGAUGGCACGACAAUGCGAUGACGAUGAUGCGAUGGUACGAUGAAGCGAUAGCGCGAUGAGGCGAUGGCACGAUAGCGAUGAUGCGAUGGUGCGAUAGCGAUGAUGCGAUGGCGCGAUAGUGAUGACGCGAUGCUCUAUCGUGUCAUCGUCAGUGCUCUAUCGCAUUAUCGUCAGUGCCCUAUCGCACCAUCGCGUUAUCGACUUUUAUGCGCAUGCGCCAUUGAGAAGAGAAAUGGCGUCAGGUAGUGAAGAUGACACAGAUAUAUACAACAUAUUGGAAGAGAUAGGAAUGAAAGAAAGAAUUCAUGUGUUCAGAGAAAACAUGAAAAAUUCUCCUGGUCCUUCUGAUGUUAGAGAAUGUCAGUCAUUAAGCCAGUCCAGUCAGUUGGAAAACCCACAGUUACUACCAGGCACAUCUGAUGCAGUUUUUACAGAUGAAGGAUCGGACUCAGAAUUUGAAAAUGCUGGUACUCCUGCAAUAUUUUUCAGAAAGUCAAGACAGACUUGUUUAACUUCAACUCCUAAACCUGACAAGAAUGGUAACAAACCUUUUUUGAGUGAAGUAUCAAUCUCGAGUGCAGGCAGCCAGGAUUGUAGUGAUGGUCAAGAUUUAGAUGGAGACAUGCAAAUACAGGCAGCUAUAAGAGCUAGUUUAGAAAUUAUGCAAAAGUGGACAAUGAACACACUCAAGUGUGAGGAGGAGGGAAAUGUUAAGCAGUUGGUUGUGGUUCACAGAAGGCACAUUUUGAACUCAGCACUAAGGGCUUUGGACAGGGCUUCAUUUAAGUUGGAGGAACCAUUUAAAGUAGAAUUUCCAGGUGAACUGGGAUCCGAUUUUGGAGGACCAAAGAGGGAAUUUUUACGUUGUCUUAUGAAGGAACUGGCUAGUACCAUUCUGGAAGGGGAACCAUAUAACAAGUCCUUUAUACACUCUGUGCCACUGUUAGAAAAAGAGAUGUUUUUCAAGGCUGGAAGAUUGGUGGUAUGGAGUAUUCUCCAUGGGGGACCAGGUAUUCCAUAUCUAAAUCCAACUGUUUACCAGCUUCUUAUUGAACCCAAAGAUGUCGUGUAUUCAAUAGAUGAUGUCAAAGACCUUGAUGUCAGAAAUAAAAUACAUAAGCUGCAAACUGCAGAUGACGAAGAACUGUCUCUUUCGAUGGAUUGGUUGGUAGAACAUGGAGUGUAUGGUAUCAUUCCACCAUACACAGAACAUACGAGAGACACUAUGGUGAGACAGCUAUUGAAGAGUCAUGUUUACCUAAGAAUCCAUGCAGAAAUUGCACAGUUCAGCCAAGGAUUGAAUAGUUUAGGGUUCUACACACUUAUGAAGAGCAAUUCUGAGGAAAUAAGGGGACUUUUUCUUCACGCUUUGUCCAACAGCAUGUUAACCAUGCAGAAACUGAAAGAAAUUAUACAGAUUAACUACAGUGAAGAUGGAUCAAAUGACAAAAAGAGAGAAGAAGAUACAAUGUAUGCUUUUGAACUGUUCCUGCAAGAUUGUUCAGAAGAUACAUCUGAAAUUAAUCUAAACAUGCUCUUGGCAUUUUGGACUGGAGCUGACACAAUCCCUCCACUAGGAUUUCACAAAAAGCUUGAAAUUAAAUUUGUGGAAGACCCUGCCCGUUUGCCAGUUGCACAUACCUGCGAUCUUUUGUUGGAAAUAUCUAGGGGAGAAACCCCUGAGGAAUUUCACAGAAAAAUGGAGUUGGCAAUUACUUGUGGGGGGGAAUUCCAUCUUGCUUAA